CACCAUCACAUGAUUAACUUGUUAUCCUGUGCUUUGGACUUGCAGGUUCCUGAAACUUGGGUCAACUGUGGGAACUCAAAAUCUAAACUUAGAAUAGAGAUUCUUACAAACUGGAGGCCUUAUUUUAAAAAUGGAGGAGCUUGGGUCUCACAAUACCACACCCUGGAUCCUAGAACUAUCAAGGACUCAGAACCUCCUUCUUCAGGAUUCCAGCAUAUACUGAAGAGCAGCUGAGACAUCCAGCCUUGUGGACUGAGCAGCUACUGGAGUCUUCAACCUUCUAUUCAUAGGCAGCCAUUGUUGGACUAGCUGAACCAUAGUCAGUCCUUUUUCCCUCCUGUAGCCUGGAUACCUGGUGAGCUGUAAAGAAAACCUGUCAGGAUUACCUGAGAGACAUCAAGACCCAGCAGCUGCCAUGGGCUCCCCAGAGAGAAAAGGCUUCAUUGAGUCUGUGGUUGAGUACCUCUGGGACACAAGGAGCAAGGUGUAUCUACAGCUCCAGCUGACUGAAGUGGUAGAGUGGCAACAGCCUGUGGAAGGAGCUGCUUUGUCCAGUUUCAAUAUAAUUAAUUUGAUGUUGGCUGCCGGCUUGCUGUAUAUUGCAUAUAUUAUAUUUAGGAAAUGGGAAACUUCCUUGCGUGAAGCUCCUGGUGAGAUAGUUGCAGAUCCUGAUGGAGAAGAUGUGAAUGAAGAGGAGCUCCAAAGUGACCUGCAGGACAAGACCAGGAGGGAAAAGGAAGCUUUUCUUUGUGAAGCUCCUCUUGAGAUGGUUGCAGAUCCUGAUGGAGAAAAAGAUGAAGAUGAACAGGAGCUCCAAAAUGACCUGCAGGAUAAGACCGUGAGGAAAGAGGAAACUUCCUUGCAUGAUGCUCUUGGUGAGAGGGUUGGAGAUCCUGAUGGAGAAGAAGAUGUACAUGAAGACAAGCUCCAAAAUGACCUGCAGGACAAGACCAGGAGAAAAUGCUCUGUGGUUUCCACAGGACAGAUCUUACCUACAAGCUGUCUUCCUCUCUCAGUUGGCCUCUCCUGUCACAGGGAGGAGGAAGAUGCCUUGCAUGAAGCUCGCAAUAAGACCAUAGUGGAUGCAGAUGGAGAAGAUGACAAGAAGCUCCAACAAAACCUUCAGGACAAGAAAAGGUUUUUGGAAGAUUAUCCUCAGGUGAAACUGGAGCUUGAGCAGCAGAUCAGGAAGCUGCAUGCCCUUGCAGACAAGAUUGACAAGGUGCACAGGGACUGCACCAUCACACAAGUGGUGGCCAAAUCUACCGGUGCUGUGUCCGGAGUCCUGACUAUCCUUGGUCUCGCUCUGGCACCCGUGACAGCAGGACUCAGUCUGGGACUUUCAGCCACAGGCUUGGGGCUGGGGGCUGCAGCAGCUGUGACUAGUGUUUCUACAAGCCUUGUGGAAAAGGUCAUCACGGUGUCAGCAGAAGCUAAGGCCAGCCAGCUGGGGCCAACCAGCAAGGACAAAGAGGAGGUCAUUAAAGAAGUUUUGGAGGAGAAUACACCCGGGCUUAUUUCUGUAUAUAAGAAUUCCAUUCAGAACCUGGAAGACAUCAAGAAGAACAUUGAUGCCAUCAAGCUGGCCAAAGCUGACUCUCACCUAAAAACUAAUGCCAAGCGUCUCAUCACCACAGGGAAGGUGUCAGCCCAAAACACUAGAAAGGUGGAGAAAGCAUUUGGAGGCACAGCUCUGGCAAUGACCAAAGAAGCCCGGAUCAUGGGUGCAACCAAUGCAGGCCUCUCCAUCCUGAUGGAUGUGGUCAGCCUUGUGGAAGACUCAAAGCAUUUGCAUGAGGGUGCGAAAGCAGAAUCUGCUGCAGAGCUGCGGCAGCAGGCUCAGGACCUGGAGCAGAAGUUGAAGGAGCUCAUCCGGGUCCAUGACAGCCUGACAAAGUGACCUCUUCUUCAGUGCAGCUCAGAGGA